UCCUGCUGCAAACCCCUUUCAGCACCGGAUUUGCCAUGUGUUCUCCACCUCAGAGGCCGAGGAUGACAGCAUGUCCUUCGAAGACUUCCUUGACAUGCUGAGUGUCUUCAGCGACUCUGCCACCUCCGAUGUCAAAUCCAACUAUGCCUUCCGCAUCUUUGACUUUGACGAUGAUGGGACUCUGGACAGGAAGGACCUGGAGCAACUGGUGAACUGCCUGACGGGGCAGAGCGAGGAGUCCCGGCUGAGCAGUGCAGAGAUGGAGCAGCUCAUCCAAAAUAUCCUGGAGGAGUCUGACAUUGACAGGGAUGGCACCAUCAACCUCUCUGAGUUCCAGCACGUCGUCUCCCGCUCUCCAGACUUUGCCAGCUCCUUCAAGAUCGUCCUGUGAGCCCUGCGGCUCUCCAGCAGCACU